UUUUGCAAUAUAUUGGUAGUGUACAUAAACGUAGCCAAAAUAAUCUACUGUUUCUGUUCUCCUGAGCUGCCUUUUUGGUAGCAGCACAGUUGCUAUGUGUUAGUUGCUAUGCCUGAGCACCCAGAAUAACCACAGAGCAAACUCUUCUCUCUUUAAUGAGUUGUAAAUGAAGCGUUUUUUUUUAAUUGGGGUUUUAUUGGAGAGAUAAUUAGAAAUUAAAGCUUUAUUUUUUAAUUAAUCAGAUUGUUUUAGAGUUUUAUGUAAUUGCUAAACAUUGAUUUUACUCAUUUCAGUUUUAAUUUUAAGACGUUGGCAGUAGAAGGACUUUAGAGGUGGAUUUGAGGGCUUGAGUUGAGGCAGCAGCACGUGUCUGUUGUUCGUUAAGGAAUGGAGAGAAGUAGCAUGUUUUAGGUGGAUAGAUAGACUGUCAACUCUCAGGAAUGCCAUUGGCACGUGUUCUCGUUUUUCCUGAUGAGCCGUUCAAGUGUUUUUUCCAGCUCGAAAAUCCCCGAAUUACUACUUUAAACCUCGUUUGUUCCAACCUCAACACACUUCUUUUUACUGUUUAGAGUUAGUCUUUUAUAUAAAUACAAUUAUCGUUGAACAUGUAAAAAGAAACAAAAAAGCUUUAAUCGCUUAGCUGCACAUGCUAGAGCUCCUAUAGAAGCUGUUUCUUUUUUUUAAUCAUGUGUAAGAUAACUGCAUUUUUUUAUACUCCUUUUCUUUGUAUUUGCUGCUAAUUAAUGUCACAUUUAAACGUUAAAAGUCAGAAGAAUUUAUAUUUUCGAGCCAGACAUGAACGCAACACAAGAUCAUUUGGGCGUCUUAGGUUGUGACGUGCCGUUUAGGGGGCGUGUCUUGAAUGAAAUCAGCUGGGGGAAACAACAAAACAAAAGAGGACGGCUCAGACUAAGGGGGGGGGAGGCUUUUGGCAAAUCGUGAUUAUAUUGAACAUAAACUAAGUAGCCGCAGUAUUAUCAAACCAGUUGACGUCUGAUGCAAGACAGCGCGGCGAUACUUGUUGAGCUGAGUGAAGCGCUGGAUUAAAGAGGCACGGAGAGGAAGUUAGGGGAGGAGGAUGUGUCAGGGCACACGUCCUCUCUGCAGCUGUAUGCGCUCGUUGACAAAGAACGGGAUCUUCGCGAUUUACCUCGUCGUUCUGCCUGCGCGCCUCUGACCGGUUCGAGUGACCGGCUGAACCACUAUAGAGUGGCAUGUGGGUCAAUUCCGGAACCGUUGGAAGGGCACUCUCCAUGGAUAUAGACACAGAUUAUGAGCGGCCCAAUGUGGAAACCAUCAAAUGUGUGGUGGUGGGGGAUAAUGCAGUAGGCAAGACCAGACUAAUCUGUGCCCGGGCUUGCAAUGCCACACUCACACAGUAUCAGCUGCUUGCCACCCACGUGCCAACCGUCUGGGCCAUCGACCAGUAUCGUGUAUGCCAAGAGGUUCUGGAGAGGUCUCGCGAUGUAGUGGAUGAGGUCAGCGUGUCCUUGAGACUGUGGGACACAUUUGGGGAUCAUCACAAAGACAGGCGGUUUGCUUAUGGGAGGUCUGAUGUUGUGGUGCUAUGCUUUUCUCUGGCUAAUCCCAAUUCCCUUCGCCAUGUUCGCACCAUGUGGUUCCCGGAGAUCAAGCACUUCUGUCCCCGGACACCUAUCAUCCUGGUUGGCUGCCAGCUGGAUCUGCGUUAUGCUGACCUGGAUGCAGUAAACCGUGCACGACGACCGUUAGCAAAGCCCAUCAAACCUACAGAUAUUCUUCCUCCGGAGAGAGGCCACGAGGUGGCAAAAGAACUUGGCAUUCCCUAUUAUGAAACCAGUAUUGUUGCCCAGUUUGGAGUCAAAGAUGUAUUUGACAAUGCCAUCCGUGCUGCCCUUAUUGCUCGCAGACAUCUACAGUUUUGGAAGUCACACUUAAAAAAAGUUCAACGACCCUUACUCCAAGCCCCUUUCCUACCUCCACGUCCCCCACGCCCAAUAGUGGGGAUCCCUGAUCCUCCCCUCACCAACGGUGAGGGACCGGAUUCACUUUUCUGCCACCCUCUGUGUGCAGAUGUUCUUUUCAUCCUGCAGGAUGGCUCCACUCAUGUCUUUGCACACAAGGUUUAUCUGGCAACAUCCUGCUCCAAGUUCUACGACCUCUUCACUCUUGAUAUUGGUGGGUCAUGUGCAAACUCACAGGGAGAAGAACAGGAGAACAGAGAAAAUGUGGAGACUGUGGAGGAGGAGGAGCAGAGCAGACGUGGAGCCAAGGAGCAAGCUGGGCGCACCAAGAGCUUGGAUAUUGAUAAAGAUGGGGUUGAUGGAGGAGUGAGGGACCUGUACAGACCCCAACUUCUGCAGCAGGGCUCUUUGAGGACUUCCCAGAGUGAUAAUGCGCUCCCAUCUCGUGCUCAGUAUUCACUGGGGGCGCAAUGGACUGGGCGAGCACUUUCAGGAUGGGGAAGGGGGUUCCUUAGUGUGUGUCUGGAGCAUGUUGAUGAUCCAAUGACUGGACGGCCACGACUCAUGACUGUGGUAGAGAUGGAUGCACUUAUACAGGAGGAACCAUUUAAGGCAGUGCUGCAAUACUUAUACACAGGAAACUUGGAUGAGGGCAGAGGCGAUCUGAUGCAAGUGGCAACCAUUGCAGAGCUGCUUGAGGUGUUUGACUUGCGCAUGAUGGUGGCCAAUGUUCUGAACCGAGAGAGCUUCAUGAACCAGGAAAUCACCAAGGCCUUUCAUGUUCGCAGAGCCAACCGCAUCAAAGAGUGUCUCAAUAAAGGAACAUUCGCUGAUGUGGUGUUUCGACUGGAUGACGGCUUCCUCCCAGCCCACAAGCCCCUGCUCAUCUCCAGCUGUGACUGGAUGGCUGCCAUGUUUCGCGGGUCUUUCAGGGAAAGUUACAUAGAAGAGGUGUCCAUUCCAAACACCAGUACAGCCUGUAUGCGCGGAGUGCUGGAGUUUCUUUACUGUGGUCUUUUGACUCCCUGUCCUGGUUUGGAGCCCAUGGAGCUAAUUGUACUGGCCAACCGCCUGUGCUUACCACGCCUUGUCGCCCUCACUGAACAGCAUGCUGUGGAUGAGCUUCUCCAGUUGGCAGUUAAAGGUGUUGACAUUGAUGGACAGGUGUUGGCUUACCUCGAGCUUGCACAGUUCCACAAUUCCAAACAGCUCUCAGCUUGGUGUCUCCACCACAUCUGCACUAAUUAUAACAGCAUCUGCCGCAAGUUUCCCAAAGACAUGAAGGCCAUGUCUCCAGAGAACCAGAAGCAUUUUGAAAAGCAUCGAUGGCCUCCUGUGUGGUUCUUGAAGGAGGAAGACCGGUAUCUUCGUUCUCAGAAGGAGCGUGAGAGGGAGGAAGAGAUCCUGCGCAAGCAACACACCAAACGAGGCUGGUGUUUCUGGAGGCAUCCGUCUUCCUCUCCACACAUCUCUUAAAAAGCUUUUGCUCACUGACGUCUUCACCCUGUUCUGGAUCAUUGCAUAAAGAAAAUGCUAACUCCUCAUCUAUGUAUACAUAUGUAUAUAUAUAUUUGAGGAUGGCCCUGAGUGCUGGAGUGACUGCUCUCAGUGCUAAGAUGCCUGAAUGUUAGCAUGUUUGGGAGUGUGUAUGUAAAUUUUGAUAGCAUGGAUCACCACUUGAGUGCAAUUUGCUAUGUUGUGUGAACUAAUGUAAACUCUGCUGGAGGGUAUGUGCAAAAGGUGUGUGAGUGUAAGUGUGUGUUUUUGUGACUCGAGUGAUGCUUCCAAGUUGUGGGCUUCCCAGAUGCCCCGAUCCAUAAAAGCCUGUAACACUGCAGUGCAACUCCUCAUCCCUCCAGUAGCACUUUGUCCCCCCACCAGUACUUAAACGGUUGCAACCUUUGAGUGAUUGGACUGGGAGCAAGGGCUCUAAUUCUCUCUCAGUCCCCUAGUCUCCAUUCUUCACAUUGACCUUAAUGACUUUUACACACUGACCACUGCAGGUCCCUUUUGAAGGGGCUUAUCUCUGCCUUCACUUCUGCAAAGACUGUUAGCUUACAAACACAAGUCCAUGCUCAUGAUCCACUAUUUUAAAGCCAGCAUUAAACUCACAAGAGCUUAAACUGACAUGAUCCUAUUGCAUUAAUAUUCAAUGUUUUUAACUACAUUUGUCUGUAUUCUUUGACAUUGUGUUUAGAUGAAUUACUAGUAAGAAGUGAAUGAUGUUCAUUGCAGCCACAAAUAUGAAUUUGUUAGGCUAACUUUAACACUUUUUUCAGGCCUGCCACCUCCUCUUCCUUCCAUACAACACACUAGCUAGAAAAAAGAGCAAAACACAAGCUGUUCUCAGUGACUUGAUUAGAACAAACUUCUCUCACAUAGCCACUUGACUAUAAUGUUAGGGUUAAACAGGCAAGCAAGCCUUACUUGAUUUUCUUUUUUUUUUUUGCCACGGACGACGAUGGCCCAGUAUUAAACGUCCACAACCACUAGGCUGCUUCAAAGCACCUAAGCCAGCCUGCCUUUACACCCCUGUAUCCUCUAGGGGCAGCAAUGCUCAGGGCCUUGCCACUAAUUCAACAGGAGUUUUUAUUUUAUUUUAUUUUUAUUUUUUUGGAUAACAAUUUUUUAAAAUUUGUUUUACGUAGAAUACCACCUUAAGUCCACGCAGUGUCAAAAAAACAACAAAAAAUAACAAAUACGCAAAAAAAAAGGAUAAAAAUAAAAACAUACUGUAAGCUUAUAACAACAGAAAACAACUUUUACUGGACUCUAAACACCAAAGCUGUAGCUCUUUUAAGUUAAAAAGAAAUAUAUAUAUAUAUAUCUUCUGUCUUCAGUUGUGGAUGACGUGUGAGGAAAGAUGAGAGUAACCUUUAGAAGAACACAGCAGUUUGAGGACAUAUUUGAAGUCGUGUCAGGAGAAAUGGGUCACUGCGAGACAUUGCCUUCCUCCCUGUUAGCCGGGGUUGAAAGUGGUGCUUAAGAUGCGUCGACAUAGUAUUUUAAAUGAGCAUUCAUCAACAUGCUUAGUAUAGUAUUGAGUCUUUAAACAUCUUCUUUCUAGUUGCUCGCUGAUUACCUGUUGAGUUUGUUUGAAUCAUUUUUAGUCAGUCGGUAGGAGUACAUUUCUUGUCUUAGAUGAGGGUUUUUGAUUUUCUCCUUUUUUUUUUCCUACAGAAAACAGCACAGGUGUGUUUCAAUAGGUGUUUUACAACAAGCAAUUUAAGCAAAUUAUUUUAUCGUUGUAUUUUAAUGGUGCUAAUUUAUUUGGGCUUUCAUACUGAAUGUGAACAAAAAACACAAGAUGUUUGGUGGAAAAAGUUUCUAUUGUUCCAUUUGUGGGUUUGGGCCCCUCAGCUUCACUCAGGCAAAUGGAGGAGGCGUACUGUGUGAAGACAUGUGGUGUGUUCCGCAGUUUUCCAUUGGAGGUGCGUAAAGUAAUUUUCAGUUACCAGAAUAGAAGCAUCUCUUGAGGCCCAAGUGAGGACUGAGCUGAUUCAUCUCUCAAAACAGUAAGGUUGACGAGAAAGCAAACAAGUCCCAGUUAACAUUAGGUGCAUCCUACAUAUUCUGGAAGGAUUCCAUUAGCCGUUAUUAAGAGUGAAGCACUUUGCUAAUUUAGAAAGAAAGGCAGAGAGAAGAGAGAGGAAAAAGGAUUGAUGUUUGUUUCUUCCUGGUCCUUCUAAUGGUUAAGCUUCUAUUUUUAGUCCCUGUGCCUUAUAUUUGCACUAAAGAAAAGGUGGAAUUUUGGCAGCAUGUUGCCUAAAGCCUGCAGGCAGGUUCUGCAGUGACUGAUGUGACAGACUAUGCCACAUCUGGGAGGAAAAAAUAAAUCUGUGUUGCAUCAUCCACUCUAAAACAUAAACCCUCCUUAAGGAGAUUUAAGACAACCUUAGUAAUGCUUAACGCUUUAGGCUAACUUUAUAAUCCUAUCAAUUCAAGUCCUUCUCAUAGGGUUGUUGAUGGUUUUCUGAUCAUAUAACCUUAGAUUGGGACUUACAUUGUGGCUGGAAUGAUCUACUGAGUGGGUGAUGAAGAGGGCAGGGUUUUCCAUUUAGGUGAAAUUCGAAUCAUCAGUUCUGUGAAAGCCCAACUUUUUCGUUUGCACUGGGUGGCCUGUGCGCUGGGCAGGUGCAACUAUUUUGGGAACGGGGUUAACUUGCAUGGUGGUCGAACUUUGUUGGUGUGGCAUUGGUGUUGUUAUGCACUUUCUUCUUUGUGGUAGCUUCCUGUUGUUAGCAUGAAUUUUUAUCCUCACGUCAGUCUGCUCUUGAAGCUGAUGUUCGUAGCAUGACUUUUCUUCCUGAAAGUAUGUUUUCCUUUCCCAGAGUAACAGGCCUCACCAGGCUUCCUUAAGGCCUUGUUGAUGCCGAGCCUCACAGCAGCUGUUUUAUCCUGAGUGGCUUUAUGCAUGUUUAACUCAGCACCACUUGAGGUAGCAUUAUUGCUGGGACAUUUAAAGACAUUAGCUUGAUAGGGAUUUGUUACCGCACUGUUUGCUCUUUAUGUAGCUAACGCAACAGAUGAGGUCCAUAACUAACAUUUUUAGAAGCAGUAAAAAUCUGAUGUUUGAAGUGAUGUUUUUAAUGAUUAACAGAGAAGUUUGUUGGCAUUUAGUUUGCACAAACCAGCUGGAAAUUGGGGAAAAAGCACGGCUGCAUCCUGUCCAGGAAACUUUUUUUUAACCUUGAGUGUUUAGAAUGCAGAAAAUGUCUACAACUGAUGAGAAAAAAAGAAAACAAAUCAAAAAGCCCUGAUUUAUUGCUAAACAAAGACAAAAAAAAGUAUUUUUCUUCCAACUCUCAGUAUUUGAUCCACAUUUACUCGAAUAUGCCAAAGUUACAUCUUGUUGCAUUGUAAUGUAAAACGCAGGUUUAUGGGAUAGGUAUUGCAUUUUUAUAGUGUUUUUUUAUGUCAUCCUUUUAUACUGCCCUAUUACUUUAGACAGAGCUGUUCUUCCUUUCUUUCUUUUAUUUUCCAGGCCUGAUAUUCUUACUUAUUUGUGAGGCCUAGUGACUGAGAAAACAACGCUGUUUGAAGACGUUGGUGUCUUCUCUCCUGUGCCUUCAGUGAAGUUUCAGCUUGGAACUGGUUGGCUGCACUGCUGUGUGUGUAGCUGUCUGGGCUCAAAUUCAGAUGUCAGUUAAGCCAAGAAAUGAAAUAAAAGCAGUUAGCUUUUGUCGAUGCAGAGUGUCUUAAAUUUCCAGUAAACUGGCUUUCGAUUUUUAGGAUCUAAAGUCACUGACUAGAUAAUACUUCCAGUGCUAACAUGUUGAGCUUUACCUAGUCCAGUUUUAGCAUUGUUUAUGAUAAAGCUACGCAAUAGACCGAAUGAGUUUUCAAAUGACCAAGAAACCCAGCAAACCAGCUGUCUGCACUUUUCCAGGUGCCUGCACUUUUAUUAUGUAGCCUAAUAUUUUUAUUCUGUCUUCAUAUUGACUUCUUUUUCUUGAGCAGCAAUGAAAUAUCAAUUUUAUCGUGUUGUUUCUUUCUUUCAAAGCCAAGCUCUGCUGUUAUUGUUUCUUUUUGCUUCUACUUCAACUUAUUAUCUUGCAAUCGUACACAGAGUCAGAGUACUGUCAGCUGAAUCUGUGAACAUGUUGGAUUUAAAGGCAGAAAUGACCUGUGACAGAUGUAGGUUUGAUGUUUUUAAGGAAAUAGGAAUUAUUACAAACAACACAGUGUUGAAAAAUAUCAUAUACACAUAUAGAAAUACCCCCCACUGGCUAAAAAGUCACAACAUUGUACCUAUUUACCAUGUUAGUGUAUACAAAACUUAGCUAAUAGCUUGAAUGCACGGGCUGUCAUUUAACACAUAAGGUGUAAUUAUACUUUGGCCUGUACUGUAAUUUUUAGGUGGAUCGUACAAACUGUAUAAUACUGUUACGCUUUUAUUUUUCUUUGAUUUAUUAGAGUGUUCUUUAUAUUCACUGUCUUAUUGCUAUAAUGUGUUAUUCAUAAAGUUGUGUUUAUUAAACGUUAAAAGAAAGAGCACACUACACUCACAAAUUAUUAAGGGCUUAAAAGAAACAAUCAGAAUGUUUUGCUGCUGUUGCAAAAAAAAAGAAAAAAAAGUUUUAAAAAUUAAGAUUUUGUAAUAUUUUUCAACCACUGUGAUUUUUACAAAAUUAAAAACAAGAUAUGUAAAGACUUUCUUUUUUUUUUUUGCCAUUUCAGUAUUUUGAUGUUGGACUUGAAUUUUAUUAAAAUUGUUAAUCCUUUGGA